GUUUUCUUUUAAUCCUCACCUGAGGAUAUACUUCCUUCAUUUAUUCUAGAGAGGGAAAAAGGAAGAGGGGGAGACAUUAUUGACCAGUUGCCCUCUGUAAAGUGCUCUGACCAGGGAUGGAAACUUUGGUGUGUGGGAUGAUGCUCUAACCACUGAGCAACACUGACUAUUUGUGUGUGUUCUGUUGAUCGUGAUCUACUCUAAGCUCCAUGAGCUGAGGGUUUGUUUUCUCUUUCACUUGUGACUUUCACAGUACGGACAGCAAGUGGUAUUUGUAUGGGACUUGCUGCCUGACGGAACUGUUAGGGCUUCUGUUAGAGACAAAGUUUGGAAACAAACUUAUUUUCACAUCAAUACCUAAAAAUUAUGAAAAAAACCUUCUGUUGUGUCCUCCUUGCUCUUUGUAACAGUUGUCUUCUUGGUUCUGUCCCAAGAUAAAGCCACCAAUCCUUCCAACCGCCAGGAGGACUGGGAAUACAUAAUCGGCUUCUGUGAUCAGAUCAACAAAGAGCUUGAAGGGUGCUGGAGGCGUGUAUGAAGAACUGUGGGAGGAGGUUUCAUAAUGAAGUGGGAAAGUUCCGGUUUUUGAAUGAGUUAAUCAAAGUUGUCUCUCCAAAGUACCUAGGGGACAGGGUGUCUGAGAAAGUGAAGACCAAGGUUAUCGAGUUGCUUUAUAGCUGGACAUUGGCCCUGCCGGAAGAAUCGAAGAUCAAGGACGCCUACCACAUGCUGAAGAGACAGGGCAUAGUGCAGUCUGACCCACUGAUCCCUGUGGAUAGGACACUGAUCCCCUCUCCACCACCUCGUCCCAAAAACCCUGUUUUUGAUGAUGAGGAGAAAUCCAAGCUUUUAGCCAAGUUGUUGAAAAGCAAAAACCCAGAUGACCUGCAAGAGGCCAACAAGCUCAUCAAGUCCAUGGUGAAGGAAGAUGAGGCGCGGAUCCAGAAGGUGACCAAGCGUCUGCACACUUUAGAGGAGGUUAACAACAACGUGAAGCUGCUCAGUGAGAUGCUGCUCCAUUACAGCAAAGAGGAUUCCUCAGAGGCAGAUAAAGAGCUCAUGAAGGAGCUGUUUGAUCGAUGUGAGAAUAAGAGGAGGACAUUAUUCAAACUAGCCAGUGAGACAGAGGACAAUGAUAAUAGUUUGGGGGACAUCCUGCAGGCCAGUGACAACCUCUCCCGCGUCAUCAACUCAUAUAAAACAAUCGUUGAAGGGCAGGUCAUCAAUGGUGAGGUGGCCACCUCAACUAUGUCUGACUCUGAAGGAAACCUCCACUCCAGUAACCAAGGCACUCUCAUCGACCUUGCAGAGUUGGACGCACCAAGCAGCUCAUCCCCAGUGUUGGCCCCAGCCCCCACCCCGCCUUCCUCGGGCAUCCCUAUCCNCCCCCCACCCCCCCAGGCCUCAGGACCUGGGCGCAGCCGCUCAGCCAGCCAGGCUGAGGCCCCCCCAGGGCCCAACAACACAAGCAACGCCCUGUGCUUGCUGGAUGAGGAGCUGCUCUGCUUGGGCCUAGCUGACCCAGCCCCUAGGGUUCCUCCCAAAGAGUCAGCUGGAAAUGGCCAGUGGCCCCUAUUCCAGAAUGAACAGUCGGACCUGGACUUUUUCAGCCCCAAACCCGGGACUGCUGCUUGUAGCCCCACAGACAGGCCUGUCCUCCAGCCCUCAGCAACCCCUGCAGGCAACUCCCAGGCUCCACUGCCACCCCCCUUCCCAGCUCCUGUGGUCCCAGCCAGCGUUUCUGCUCCAAAAGCAGGCUUUUUGUUCCCUACUGGACUGGCCCCAGCUUCAGUCCCAAAGGCUGAGCCCACAGGCCCUGGGUACCAUGGCUCAGCUUUGGGCGACAGCACCUUGCACCAGCUGGAUGCCCUCGAUCAGCUUCUAGAAGACGCCAAAGCGACCUCAGGCCUGGUGAAACCCAUCUCCAGCUUCCUCCCCGGGGCUACCACCUCCCCUCUGAUCCCCACCAGCGCCUCAGCUAGGCCUCUCCUGCCAUUCUCCACGGGGCCUGGCAGCCCUCUCUUCCAGCCACCUGUAUUCUCGUCCCAGGGGAGCCCCAUGAAGGGGCCUGAGCUUUCCCUGGCCAGUGUCCAUGUCCCCCUGGAAUCUAUCAAGCCUAGCAGCGCUCUCCCUGUGACCGCUUACGACAAAGACGGCUUCCGUAUCCUCUUCCACUUUGCCAAGGAGUGUCCGCCAGGGCGGCCCGACGUGCUCGUGGUAGUGGUGUCCAUGCUGAACACGGCUCCCUUGCCCAUCAAGAGCAUCGUGCUGCAGGCCGCAGUGCCCAAGUCAAUGAAAGUGAAGUUACAGCCGCCCUCCGGGACAGAGCUCUCUCCAUUUAGCCCCAUCCAGCCACCUGCAGCCAUCACCCAGGUCAUGCUGCUGGCUAAUCCACUGAAGGAGAAGGCAAGGCUUCGGUAUAGGCUGACCUUCGCCCUAGGGGAGCAGCUGAGCACGGAGGUGGGUGAGGUGGACCAGUUCCCUCCUGUGGAGCAGUGGGGGAACCUAUGACCCUGGAGGAUGCUGUCAUCUCCACUUUGAAGCCCAAGCAGGCUGCCCUGAGACAGGAAGGCUCUCCGGGUCCAGUCAUUUUCCAUGUCCUGACCACAGUGCUUAGAGCUUUGGUAUGGAACAGGGACCCUGGGCAUUGCUGAGCAUUGCUGCCAGGAGCUGAGCUACUGCUGUGAUGGUCUCUCCUCCUUUGGCCCCUUAAAAGGACCUGUUUUUAUCUACCUGUGUGACUUGAAGUGGCCAUGUACUGUUGGGCGGGAUGUGGCCCCAGACUCUGCACUGUUGCCCUGGGAACAGACUCAAAGCUGGAAUAGGUUUUCCCCUCAUGCUGGCAUCCCCUGAUGCCACAGGGAGGAGGUCUCUAAAGAGAUUCGGGGCCCUCCCUCGAGGACCAGGUCCUCACCCCUCACCCCCAGAGGCCUCAGCUCUCCCACCCCACCCCUGCCAUGCUACUCUGUGCGUCCCUUGCUGGCAGGCUCCUACUCCUACCUCCAGGAAGGUGGGCAAAGCCCAGUGUUCCCUGACGGGCCAGGGCACAAAGAAAGGAGUGGUUGUGCUGCCUUCUAUGGGCAGCACUAGCCUGAAAUGGCCACUGGAUGAUAAGCGUGUUUGUCCCUGGCGAUGACAGGCUGUGUCCUAUGGACAUCUCAGCAGGAUGUGGAACUCAGCCUAUUAGAAACAGAACUUGGCCCCAAGGCAGCCUGAACUAAGGAUAGGAGGGAAACUUAAAAAGAACCGGUGCUUCCCUUUCUGUGGAAGCAGGUACUUGGAGCUUUCUGCAAAAAGUGUGCCUCCCACUGUGGGAACAGGCCAGCCUAUUCACUACCUCUUGCUUGGCAUGAAAUAAACUGCUGUCUUGCCCUUUCAGUCUCUAAAGGGAGGACAACUCCUGCCCCCACCUGCGUCCUCCUGCCUGGGCCUCCCUUCCCCACCCCAGAUGGCCUGUGGUAUAGCACAGUCAGGAACAGAAGGCCUCAGGGUCAGGAACGUUGCACUAGACUUACCUGCUGCCCAGAAACUGACUAUCCUCAGCUGCUGAGGGGUACUGUCAGCGAGAUGUUGGGUCUGGGGGUGGUGAGAUUGGGCCCAUGCUUGAAUCGAGUCGCCAGACCCUAUUGCUUCAGCAGUGCUCAGCCACAGCUAGCUUGCGCCAGACUGUAGGCCUCACAGGACAGGAAAAGGAGAACCGGCUGCUGGGGAAAGGACACGGCUCACCUGAGCUCAGCUGGACGGGUGCAGAGCCAUCUCCAGGGGAAGGUGGCACAAGCCUCACUCCCUGAUCCCUCCCUGUUCCUGCCAGGCUUCCUUGCUCUAUCAAGAGGUCAUCUGCCCCUCCCCUCUUUAGCAAGCAGGUUUCACUGCUUCACUAGGAUAGGUCAGAAGUGAAUUGAUUUCACUAAAGGAAUAAACCCAAGAGCUUUCUGGAGACCAGCUGCUGCAGCCCUGGGAAAGUGUGGGAUUACUACAUGGAACUGUCUCUUACAAUAAGCUUUAGACAUUAAAAUUAUGAGUGUUACUGUUGAGGUCACUGUUUCAUGACAGCUAUUACUGGAUAUAUCAACUCUGCUGCCCUUAUUUUGCUGCAUGUUGAAUAAAACCAUUUUCACCCCA